AUGGAAUUUGAAUUUGUCAUUGGCAGCCAGCCGCAGGAGCUCAAGGUCGACACCAGUCGUAAACUUCGAUCAUAUCUGUCCAAGCGGGCAUGGAGGGAACACCGCGCCAGGUACGAGCAGUCACGGAGCACGUCUGAGUCCUCGCCACUUAACACGUCCUCUUCGGUGUCGCAAAGCGAAGCCCAGCAUUCAAGCCGCGGGGGCACCGUAGACGGCGAUGCCAACCUUGCCACGCAAGCAGCUGCCACCAAGGCGAACCGCCGGAGGAGACACAAACUUCAGACGGUCACGUUUGAAUGCAUUGCCACUGGCCCGAUUGCGCCGCCACCACCCGCCUUGACAUGGGCGACCAUCCAGGAUAUUACUGGCGUCAGGGAGCUUGAUGAUUGUCCCGAGGACAGACUGCUCCAGCUGUUCGCCCAGAGCCUCGCGAGGUCCCCUCCUAUGGAUACGCACUUCGGGGGCGGUCGCGUAGAUCCCUUCAGAUCAUACCCAGGGCCAUGGCAGCCUUAUAUCCCUGCAUUGGCAGACCAUUAUAUCGUACAAAUGGCCAGAGACAUUCCUGAACUGGACCAGCCGGGCAACAGGGGCCUUCUGAGGUCCAGAUGGUUCCCUCUAGUUCUGUCUGACAACGCUCCGUUCCAGGUGGUCAUGCUACUUGCCGCAGCCAACUACGCCUCGGUCAACAACAUCAGCACUCUAGGGUGCCAUAUUCUCCGGAUGAAACAAGACGCCAUCACGGUCAUCCACAACACCUUCAAGGACGAAAGGAAGCUGGCCAGCGACUGCCUCAUCGGAGCCGUCGCCAAGAUGGCCAGCUUCGAGGCCAUGCACGGCGACGUGCUGUCUUACCAAACGCACAUGGCAGGCCUGGUGCGCAUGCUGGAACUGAGAGGCGGGCUAGACGCGCUGGGACUGGGCGGCCUGCUCCGCCGAAUUAUCGUAUGGAUAGAUCUCAACUCUGCGUUCCUGCUCAACGUCCCGCGCUACUUUCCCGGGACGACCUUCACUGGCGUCGAAGAAAAGGAGGUGACGGAGGUUGUCGAGCCCAACCCCGAACGAUUCAUCGCCGUCUAG